UGACGAUAAUACCUCCUUUCUGUCCCUUCAGCCCAUCCGUCUUGCUGGCUGUAUAUUUAGCAUUCACGCCUGCUGCCCUCGAGUAAUACUCCCUUCACAACUACCCCUUGAUACCCCCUUGUACCACCAUCGUCACAAAGGGUCCAACACCCAACUCCUUACAACACCAUACACGUAUACCCACAAUCACCACACCACACAUCUUCGCUCCCAGCGACACGCGCCAGAACAGUCACCUCAUCCUGUGCGCUUCUCAAUCAUCGUACCCGCCGCCGCCAUGGCCACGAUAGAAUCGCAGUCCAAACUGCCCACCCCGCCGCCCUCGCAAGCUGGCAGCGGCGCCCACGCCAAUCUCAACAUUGUCGCUCCCUCCGCCAACGAUCCCCGACCUUCCUUUUCCCCCUCGGCCGCCCCGUCAACGCCGCCCUUUUCGCCUUCCAGCACCACCCCCGUCCUGUCCAAAGACCGCCCCUCGCAAGAUUCGUCCACACCGACCGACCUCGACUUCGUCGGCAACGUCUCCGUCACCAACGAUGUACCUACUACCGCCGACCUGACCGCGGCUGACAAGCUCCUCGUCCUCGACGCAAAGGGCCAAUCGCGCCCCUUUGGCGAAAUCUACAGGGGCACAAACCACGCCGACGAUCACAGCCAACACGGCUCGCAAAUGACCAUUGCGCCCCGCCAGCUCGUCAUCUUCAUCCGCCACUUCUUCUGCGGCAACUGCCAGGAAUAUCUCCGCGAGAUCAGCUCCUCGGUGACCCCCGAGGAGCUCCUCGCUCUCGAGACCCCGACCUUCAUCACCGUCAUCGGCUGCGGCCGCCCGGAUCUCAUCGAGAUGUACGCCGAAACCACCAAUUGCCCGUUCCCCAUCUACGCCGAUCCCACGGGCAAACUGUACGAUGUGCUGGGCAUGACGCGCACGCUCGAUCUGGGCAAGAAGCCAAAGUACAUCCAGUCCAACAUCCUCGUCACCUCGAUGCAAUCGGUGGUGCAGGCCCUCAAGACGGGCAGCAACGCGCUAAAGGGCGGCAGCUUCAAGCAGGUCGGCGGCGAAUUCCUGUUCGAGGACGGCGAGUGCGUGUGGGUGCAUCGCAUGCGCAACACGCGGGAUCACACGGAGAUGGAGCAGCUGCGCAUCAAGCUGGGACUGGUCGGGGAAAAGAAGCAGGUUAUGCGGAAUAAGUGGAGUCACGGAGUCAAAAAGGUGGCGAGUGAGGAGGACAAGGAGAAGGAGAAGAAGCCGGCGUCGACGAGGCGGAGGAGCAUGAGUUGGAAGAGUUUGGGCAAGGGCGGGCGGGAUAAGGAGAAGGAGAAGGAGGGGUUGAUGGGGGAGGUUGUCAAAGAGGAGGCGUGAUUGUACUGGUUCGCGAUGAUAUCAUCAUGUUGCGCCGAGCGUGGCACCAAGACGGCAGAGGGUAUCAAGAUGGAAACGGAGCACAAGAAAGGUGUUUUAAACAUGCCGUCCAGAUCUCGCACCCCAUAUUAGGAGUGUAGCAGCAGCAGCAGCAGUCGCCGGCGUUUCUUUGAGUUUGAUUUGUUCAUUUUCUUUUCGCCUUGUUGAACCCCUCUCCUUUCCUUUGUUUUGCAUCACACCGCGGGGGAGCAGAGAGGAGAGAGAGAGAAGCGUGACACGCAAGACGUCGCCAACUCCCCCAACCUCGAAAUCAAUAGACAGAUACCUAUACCAACCAAAUCUCCUUUAUCACACGCAACCAAAACAAACCUCUUCAAUCGUCAACAAACCCCCCUUCCCCCCCUCUCCAAAGCUAACUCGAUUUUUUUUUCUUUUCCUAAAACGGAAACCCGUUCCUGGACCCUUCCUCGUUACCUCUGUAUAUUCUCCCAAUCGUGAUGUUCGUCUCACUAUAUCACC